AUGGCAAAUCGCAAAUUGCAGAGGGCAAGCAUCAGAAAGCAACGAAUCAACCUCCACAGAUCCCAAUACCCCUGCUCUCGACAGAAGAACAUCGUGAACGUUCCGGACUUCGGCCUCUCAACUUGGACAUCUUUCACAACAAUUGAUACAAUCAAUGAACAAACGGACGGGCCUCCCUGGUUCUUCCAGACUGAGUGGAAAGCAGCAGCAGGUUCCAUCGAUCCGACUCCCGGUCUUCUCUCGCCUCUGUCAUUUACAGACUGCGUUGGACGAACGGGACGGCGUGAGUUCCUCAGUCGUGCCAUUCCACUUAGUUACGCCAGAGGCACUCCGGCUACUCGGCUUACAGGCUGGGUGAAAUGCAGCAGCAGGUUCCAUCGAUCCGACUCCUGGCCUUCUCUCGCCUCUGUCAUCUACAGACUGCGUUGGACGGACGGGACGGCGCUGAGCGAGAAGCAGCAGCAGGUUCCAUCGAUUCCGACCCCCGGCCUUCCAAUGCCUUCGUCACCUUUGACGACGUAG